AUGCAUUCAAAGAAUACCCAAAACGAACGCUACGACCACCGCAGUCGCAGCCUACAAGAGCAGUCAGAUGCUAAGCAAAUAUCAUGGAUCGAGGCAUUGAAGGAAAAGAUCGCCCCCGUCAUGGUCUCCCAGAAUCUCCCCGAGUUUCUUGUGGAGAAAAAUUUGUCAGGAACUUUGGUCUUGAACAGACCACAGGCGGGGGCUUCUGACCCACAGGCUGAGGAUAAGGGACACUGGCAGCCUCCGAAGUCAAGAGAUAGCGAUGAAACAGAAAGUGAGACCGACAAGGUUGGUUCCUGA